UUUCUCUGAUUAACGCUUCAAUUUGAUAUUGGCUGGGUAGUUUGCUCCGAUAUCCAAGAUGGUUGUACUUGCUGCUUCUGUUUUAAGCAAGUCCGGAAAAGUGCUUGUCUCCAGGCAGUUUGUGGACAUGACUCGCAUAAGAAUUGAGGGUCUUCUUGCAGCUUUUCCCAAGUUGGUGGGCACCGGAAAGCAACACACAUAUGUUGAGACUGAGAAUGUGCGAUAUGUUUAUCAACCAAUAGAAGCUCUUUAUUUGCUUCUUGUAACUAACAAACAGAGCAAUAUUCUUGAAGAUUUGGAGACUCUGCGACUGCUCUCAAAGCUGGUGUGCAUCAGCUGCUCUUUGAUUUAUUUUCUCUCUUUUUAG